GGAGCGCGCGUGGGGGCUCCGCGAGUCGCUCGCCUUUGGUUUCUGGGGAAGCCUGGGGGACGCGGCUGCGGCGGAGGCGCCCUGGGCUUCGGGUCGCCUGGAGCGUGGCGCGCAGAGCCCCAGGCGCCGAGCGGGCGCCGCGCGGCCGCGCUUGGCCCCAGCGGGCGUGGGACUGAGCAGUCUGCUGCCCCCUGACAUGUGACCCAGCCCCGCCGCCCAUGCCGGCUCCCGGCCGCCCGGCCUCGCGGCCGCCGCUGCUGCCGCCGCUGCUGCUCCUGCUCCUGGCGGCGCCUUGGGGACGGGCAGUUCCCUGUGUCUCUGGUGGUUUGCCUAAACCUGCAAACAUCACCUUCUUAUCCAUCAACAUGAAGAAUGUCCUACAAUGGACUCCACCAGAGGGUCUUCAAGGAGUUGAAGUUACUUACACUGUGCAGUAUUUCAUAUAUGGGCAAAAGAAAUGGCUGAAUAAAUCAGAAUGCAGAAAUAUCAAUAGAACCUACUGUGAUCUUUCUGCUGAAACUUCUGACUACGAACACCAGUAUUAUGCCAAAGUUAAGGCCAUUUGGGGAACAAAGUGUUCCAAAUGGGCUGAAAGUGGACGGUUCUAUCCUUUUUUAGAAACACAAAUUGGCCCACCAGAAGUGGCACUGACUACAGAUGAGAAGUCCAUUUCUGUUGUCCUGACAGCUCCAGAGAAGUGGAAGAGAAAUCCGGAAGACUUUCCUGUUUCCAUGCAACAAAUAUACUCCAAUCUGAAGUAUAAUGUGUCUGUGUUGAAUACUAAAUCAAACAGAACGUGGUCCCAGUGUGUGACCAACCACACGCUGGUGCUCACCUGGCUGGAGCCGAACACUCUUUACUGCAUCCACGUGGAGUCCUUCGUCCCAGGGCCCCCUCGCCGUGCUCAGCCUUCUGAGAAGCAGUGUGCCAGGACUUUGAAAGAUCAAUCAUCAGAGUUCAAGGCUAAAAUCAUCUUCUGGUAUGUUUUGCCCGUAUCUGUUACCGUGUUUCUUUUUUCUGUGAUGGGCUAUUCCAUCUACCGAUAUAUCCACGUUGGCAAAGAGAAACACCCAGAAAAUUUGAUUUUGAUUUAUGGAAAUGAAUUUGACAAAAGAUUCUUUGUGCCUGCUGAAAAAAUCGUGAUUAACUUUAUCACCCUCAAUAUCUCGGAUGAUUCUAAAAUUUCUCAUCAGGAUAUGAGUUUACUGGGACAAAGCAGUGAUGUAUCCAGCCUUAAUGAUCCUCAGCCCAGCGGGAACCUGAGGCCCCCUCAGGAGGAAGAGGAGGUGAAACAUUUAGGAUAUGCUUCCCAUUUGAUGGAAUUUUUUUGUGACUCUGAAGAAAACACAGAAGGUACUUCCCUCACCCAGCAAGAGUCCCUCAGCAGAACAAUACCCCCAGAUAAAACAGUCAUUGAAUAUGAAUAUGAUGUCAGAACCACUGACAUUUGUGCGGGGCCUGAAGAGCAGGAGCUCAGUUUGCAGGAGGAGGUGUCCACGCAAGGAACAUUAUUGGAGUUGCAGGCAGCGUCGGCAAUCUUGGGCCCGCAAAUGUUACAGUACUCAUACACCCCUCAGCUCCAAGACUUAGACCCCCUGGCACAGGAGCACACAGACUCAGAGGAGGGGCCAGAGGAAGAGCCAUCGAUGACCCUGGUCGACUGGGACCCCCAAACUGGCAGGCUGUGUAUUCCUUCGCUGUCCAGCUUCGACCAGGAUUCAGAGGGCUGCGAGCCUUCUGAGGGGGAUGGGCUCGGGGAGGAGGGUCUUCUGUCUAGACUCUAUGAGGAGCCGGCUCCAGACAGGCCACCAGGAGAAAAUGAAACCUACCUCAUGCAAUUCAUGGAGGAAUGGGGGUUAUAUGUGCAGAUGGAAAACUGAUGCCAACACUUCCUUUUGCCUUUUGUUUCCUGUGCAAACAACACGUGUGUGAUUGGUUCAUGCAUGUAGGUCUCUUAACGAUGGUGGUGGGCGCCUGGAGUCCGGGGGCUGGCCGGUUGUUCUAUGCAGAGAAAGCAGUCAAUAAAUGUUUGCCAGACUGGGUGCAGAAUUUA